AUGAGCCAGUUUUCAAGGGUCCUUAGAGACUCAUAUCAGAGGGUGAAGGAUCAGGGAGUGGUGGUGGCUGGGUUCAGGAGGUGUGGCCUCUACCCUCUGGACCCGAUCUCAGUAGACCUGGCCCACCUCCUGCCCGAGGUGCGUUAUAACACCGGCAAGGUCAGGAGGAAUACCACCAAGGCCAGGAUACUGACGGCUCAGGAGAUGUCUGAUGCCAUCGAGGAGGCGGAGGACCGUGCUGCAAGGCGGGAGGCCCAAGCUCUGGCCAGAGAGCAGUACCUGGUGGCUCCCGUCCCAGCCGCAGAACAGCAUCCCCCGGGGCUGCCUCGGCCUCCAGCUCCGGCCUUUCCAUCGCCGGUCCCUCAACCCGCUCGGACCCCUCUAGUGCCUCCCACGGUCACCAGCUGCCUGCCCCUAGCGGAACAUCCCCACCUAGCCUGCCUGCACCUGGCUGGCUACUGGAUGCCAUCAACAUCUGCCUUCGGCCUCCGAGGGUCCAGAUUGUCUUCCUCUCCCUCCCAAUCCUGCAGACAGACAGACAGCUGCGCCAUUGUCCAGCUCCUCCCAGCCGUCUGCUGGACCCACGGCAUCCACUGGUCACACCAAUAUGGAAGAUCUGUGUGGCCAGUGCAGGGAACCUGACCCUCCGGGUGUCUGCUCGGAGGGAUUGGUGCCGUGGGUCCAGUGCAACAAAUGCACCAAAUGGUUUCACACCAUUUGUGUCG